GUGUCGUCUGUUAAAGAUAACAAGGAAGUGAGGUUCCCCAGGCACAGAGCAUUCGUAAAUGCGGACAUGUUGUCCUUAUAGCAUAUUAUUUUUGUUAGCGUAAUACUGAAGAUAUCGUGAAUGAGUACAACCAACGCCAUUCAACGUUACGUUAGCUUACAAUACUGUAAUAGACAAUGGACAAUAUAGAGGAUCGUCUGAACCUCGGGGCACCAGCAAAUCCAAGACUUGUUCUACUGUUUUCUUUGACUAUUUGAGUCAAAGCUCCUCAAAUCUUUCAGAACUGAUGGCUGUAGUGAUUACUCUGAGCUCAGACUCCGACGGUGACUCUGAAGUGGAGAUCGUGGGCAGCUAUUCCAAUAAGAACGACAUGUUGCCCCUGUCAACGGUGCGUGUCCACAUCGAUGACGUCAACACGCCAUUGAGUAACACUGAUCUCACAAAUCCAAGAUCGCCUCCUGCUGAACUAAACAUAUUUUCAAGCCUUGUUUCUCUGCCUCCUGCAGUGGUCGAUUUGACUGAAUAUAACAGGUGUGAGGACGAUGAAUUGAAUUUACCUACAGAUGAUACGUACAAGCCGUUUUUCACAACUGAUUUCCCAGGAGACUCAAGAAUUAGUGUAGAAUCAACUGAGGUUUGUGCAGAAAGGAGACUCUUAAGACCACAAAAAACACAGCUCAUGAACAGGCCAUCUUGUCAUCCUUCCAUCCUGACAUCAUCUGUAAUCUUAAAGAGACUCUCCAUUCUUGAAAAUAACCUUGCACUUUUAACAUCAGAACCAGUGUAUGUGGUUAAAACUGGUGAGACAAUGGCAUUGCAUUGUAAACAAUGUGACAGGAAUAUUCAAACAGAUUGCACUGACUUAUCAAAGACAAAAACACCUCACAGCCUUCAGCCCACUAUGGAGACCCGACAGAGCAAUUCCUGCCAAGGGCAAGUCACUGGAUCUCACCAAACACCUUCUCUGGCACAGUGUAGCCGGACGGACCAUUUUCACCAAGAGCAUCAAAUCUCUCAGCUAACACAAAACACUGAUGAACAUUCAUCGAUUCCCUCUCCAGCAUGUGCCUCCAGCCCUUCCAUCCCUUUUGGAACUCUAACUGUUCAAACAGCGUUUACUCAAUCCAGACACAGCUCUACAUCUGAUGAUGUCCACUGCAUUUCUAAAUCUGACUGUCCAAACAUGACAGAAUUACUGAAACCACUUCAUGAUGAGAUGCUGUUAGACAACCUGUCCAUUAGCCGUAGUCCUGCCCCUAAAUCUGUCCCAUCAAUAUCUAGAUCAAUAGAUUUGGACAAAGAAUCUUUCCCAUAUGAAGACGACUUUGGAGUCGAUAGCCCAGUGUCAUUUGGUUGGGAGGAAAGCAGAGAGGAUGAGCAAGACAUGGACUGUACACAAAGUGACAAGUAUUAUGUAUGUCCUGCUGCUGUGAAGAGAUUUGUGUAUGGUAGAGUUGAUGUUCCGACUGAAGAAGAGAGAAGGACUAAAAGUCCACAGAUACUUGGUACCUUGAGCCUCAGCCUGGUUUACAGUACCAUGCAAGAAAGUUAUCCUGAAGGAACUUUGCAGCUUCUAUCAGACCUGCUCCAGCCAGGCUACUACCCACCCAAAGACAUCACCCUGCAUCUGCUGAAAGAGAUCCUGCUCAACCCACGGUCUCCACAUCACCACUGUGUGCAAGCAUUCAGUCUUCUGAUGAAGACACAAAGGCACCACAUUGCUGAUAAAUGGUCUAUUUCAUGGGACUGGGAAAUGUUAAGCAAUGCCAUGGAAAAUAAGGAACUCUGCCCUCGGAGCAUGCGCAUGUUCUUAGAUUAUGUGGUGCUUACCUUAGAGGAUGACUUCAAGACCAAACAAUCUACAUCUGCACUUUAUCAGUCUAUUGCCAAAGCCAUGUUGUCAUUUGAUCAGCAGUUUCCUCAUAUAAAGGACAUCUGUAAGUGGCUGUUUUCUGCAAUUAUGUAUUCAACAGACUGUAAAGAUAUACACGGAGAUCACACCAGAAUGGUGGUCCUCUUCCAGAAGAUGCUGUCUUUGGCUUUAGAGGUGGACUGCUCACCAGCUAUAUGCUCUGCUAAGCUUUCUCAGGAGCUUUUCCACAUGCUCAUCAGCACUGUAGCCCUGCGACCACACAGAAUGCUACUUCUGGAGAGUCUGCAGAGCAAGAGGCUCAGGUGUAAGCUGUUGGAACAUGUGCUGGACUAUUCCUGCCCAGUCAAAACCUCUGUGCCCAUGUCACUCAGUCUACUGCUCCACUUUCUGAAGAACUGCACCCUCUCACCUGACCCUGGUGAUGGCACUGAAAAAUGGCGGAGAUGGGAAGAAUUGAUCAAUCAUCUCUGGAUGUUGUUGCUCAGCUACAGCAAUGCAAUGAAAGGAUAUCUUGGUGGCUCUAAGAUGGAACAAAGUGACAGCAUUGGCACACGCAUUUACAAGCCUGAAGACAUGGUAUCCAAAUGUGCGGUGCGUGAAGCAGUGGAGGCCUUCCUGUGCAGAUCUCAGGAUGAUGUUGGUGAAGCUCUGCCUCUGCAUGUCGUGGAGUCACUCAGCUAUUUACAGGAUCAUUUAAUGGAUGGCUGUCAGUGUUAAUACGCAGUGUUUUGCCAUGAUUUCAUAUUUAUUUAAUGUGUUGAAUGGUCUUCUUGUAGUUCAGAAAUACAUUGUUGUACAAGACAAUU